CCCCGGGGGGCUGUCGGAUCUUCGGCCUGCUGCUGCUCAACGGCUGCUGCUCCUGCAGCGACUGCGAGCGGGAGCUGCCCCCCUCCCUUGGCUUCGUGCUGCUGGACUUCAAGCUGGUGAACAGCGCGGUGACGCGUGCGCUGCCUUUCGACCCCGAAGCCUCAGGAGGGAGAGCAGCAGGAGCAGGCCGCGGUGGCAGCGCCGUCGGCGGACGGCCCCCUGGGAGAACUGGGAGGAGGUGCUCCUGUCCGUGCUGGCCGGCACGGCGCACGGGGUGCUCGCGCUCGGCGGGAUGGUGUGGGAGUUCGUGCAGGACGAGGUGGCCACGCAGGCUUCGGGCAUCCAGACGGGCACGGUGCUGUGCCCCGCUGGCGCGGAGCUGGUGGCCUCGCCCGGGCUCCAGCAGCCCCCGCAGCCGCGGCCGGGCGCGGUGGGGCGCCCCAGCGGCUCGCUGCGGGGGGGCGGCGGCGUGCGGGCCGACGGCGGCGCCUGGGACGAAGGAGCCUCCUGCACCCAGCCUGCCUGA